ACUCACUCACUCACUCACCCACCCACUCACUCUCGAUCCUAUUACAGUCUCGUAAACUGGAAUGUCUCUCCCUUGCCUGUUUAUCCAUAUCAUGGGACUUAUUAUUAUUCUUUUGCUCGUCUUCUUUUUCCCCUUUUCCUCCUGGGAACUAUUUAAGGUAAACUGAAUGAGCAAAACAUUGGCAAGCUGUUCAGUUAUAGGCCUACUAAGUCCACGCCUACUAAGUCCACAAGGCAAAAAAAAAAAAUUUUUUAAAUAUUAGGAUAGAGAAAAAAACUUAAAGAAAAUUUUUUUUUUAAUCUACCACAAUAACCCCAACAAUAUACAUCUAUUUAUUAUAGAAAUCUUUUCUUGCUUUUUUCAAUAAUUAGAAUUUGAAUUUGGGCAAAAUAUUUCUCGAGCAGAUGCAAUUGAUAUCACAGAUUCUGAAGAUGAAACUGAAUAAAAAGUAACAUGUAGGCUAUUUUAACUUGUUGGCUUAAUUAGUAUCCUACAUGUAGAUGUGUACUGCUGUAAGUUAUCUCAUGACGUAUCCCUCUUGAGUACAGGACCUCCUCCCUGAUGAGACUUACUUCUACAAAGCAAUGAGCAACACAGCAGAAUCCGGGACGUUCUUCUUCAAGACGCCGAAGGCUCCAACUGUAAAUUCAUCCUCGGAGCUUCAGAUGUUGGUUUUGAGUGACCUGAGCACAACAUCAGGUGCCAUCCCAAAACUGGUCCAGGAGGCUCAGAGAGGAGGAAAGUACUCGGCCAUCUUGCACACAGGCAAUAUCGCAGUGAACAUGAGCACAGACGGUGGCAAAAAUGCAGACAAAUACUUCACACGACUUGAACCAGCUUUUGCGAGAGUACCAUACAUGACCGCCCCUGGAGAGGCUGAAAUCGAAGAUGACCUGUACACCCACUAUCUGCACAGGCUGUCCAUGCCUCAGUCUGAGUGGCCUAUUACGCUGGACCGGAUGUGGUACAGUGUGGACAUUGGUCCAGUUCACUUGAUCAGUUACUCUACAGAUGUGUUUUACACCUCUGAAGGGAAAUAUGCUUCUGUACAACAUGAUUGGCUGAUCAAGGAUCUGAAAGUCGCCAAUGAAAACCGAGAAAAAGUGCCAUGGGUGGUGGCCUUUGGGCACGAGCCCAUGUACUGUUCUUAUGAAGACCCAGAUCUGGCAUGCAACAAGAAAACAUCUUUAGUAAAAACCGGAUUAGAAGAUAUAUUCUACCACUACGGAGCUGAUAUCAUCCUACAAUCCUAUGGUAAGGCAUACGAGCGCUCCUUUCCAAUGUACAAAAACGUCGCAGUGGCUGAUAACUACACCAAUCCCCUGGCCCCUGUACUCAUCGUGAAUGGUGGAGCAACAACAUGGCAGGAGGAGUACAAUUUUACAAAGUCUGCUCCUGGAUGGGUCGCUAAGCGCAUCACAAAUUUCACUGAGCCAUCUUACGGACGCCUUCGUAUUUUCAAUUCUACCGUUGCCAAGUAUGAACAAGUGGCCUUUGAAGAUGGAUCUGUUCUCGACACAUUUAGCAUCUUUCAGGAAAAGCAUGGCCAAUUUUCGACCGAAAGCUUGUCCCCAAAUAUCACCGCUGAAAUCAAUCAGGAAAUCCUUGAUGCGGGAGGAAAGCCAGGCACAUAUGGACAUGGUGUUCUCAAUAUUGAUGAGAUUGGACACACAGACAUAAAAUCCAAAAUUACGGAGAUGCUGAAAGGAGAUAACAAAACGAGGCUUAUCAUCGGUGUGAGCGCUGGCAGUUUCAUCAUCGCCGUUCUCGUCAUCAUCUGCAUUGUGAGGAGGGUGAGGAGACGGCGCCGUGUAACUAGGCGGUGGGAGCAGAUGGACAUCAACUACGGCAAAAAGUUUUACAGCAAGGCCCCAGACAAAGAUGAGGACAACGACUUUGAGAUUGACAUGAGUGAGGGAACAGAGCCAACAAGAAAACUGCUGGAAGCCGAUGACUGAGAAUGAAAGUGUGCUUUACUGGAUGGGGUUCUUGAUUUGCUAGAAUGAAAAGAGUCAGAUUUAUUUAGCCUAUAGUACAUAAUAUGUAAACAGGUUCAUUAAUGGGGUUUAUUUUAAGAUUUGGUAGAUACCUAACAUAAGAAAUCUAUUUUGAGGAAUCUAUCAGAUAACGUUUUACUUAAAUAAAUCACUACUGGUAGAACUUAAACUGUGGUUGAAAAAUUUGUUUGCCUAAAAACGUGUAUGCUUUUGAGAUCUAACAGCAUUUUCAAGUAUGCCCAAAUCAUUUAAUAACAUCCAGCGUAAAGACAGAGUCAUGGUUUCCUCAAACCAGCAGCUCUUGAUGCAGUCAAAUAAAUCUAUUGUGAGACCUUUAAUUUCCACACUGCUCCACAUUUUGUGCCAGUCUUUGAUAUCAUUAUGGUAUUAGUUUCCAUUUCGGAGUGAGUUAUUUUUUACUCCUCAAAAGAUAAAUGUUUAUCAUAUAUAUUUUGAGCGUGCAAACUGAAAUCUAAGGCUCCUGUGGCUCUUUCUCUCUACUGUCUAGAGAGAUGUGCUUUCUAAGGAGAAUAGUGGUUUGUUGUGUGUUUCCUUGAUAGAGUAGACUAGGUCCAAAGCUAGAGGUAGCUGAAAUGAUUAAGGUAUUGCAAUGUUGCUGUUGGCUGUUAUGGCCAAAACAAAAUCCAGGUUUUACUUUUUUCAACUUGAAGCAUGACCAGAAGGCUGAGCACAUUUGGAGGGGUGACUGUUUUAUUUUUAAGUGUGUGACAAUAAGUCAACAAUGUGUACAUUAGUUUUUAUUUUCUGGCCAUAAUAUCCAAAUUGUAAAUAUUUGAUGACUUUUUUGUAAAACAGUUAAACACUGUUAAUUUUUUACAAUAUAUUUAUGUUUAUGAAAUGGUUUAGCUGAAUUUUGUUGAAGCCAGGGGUGUUAUGUAAGUUGCUAGAGAACCCAAAUCCUCUAUUGAUUUUUGUGCAAGUUUAAUUUGGAAGGUAUGGAAAUUCAAUUUACUCUUACAUUUUAAAAAGCAUGGUGACUUUCAACACAGGUGCACAAAGAAUUUCUUGAUUUAAAAACUUGUUGAGAUGGGUGACAGGGAAAGACCACAUUGAUAUUUAUUUUUUUAAGAAGGUCUGAGCAGAGAAGUAAGUGGCAAACUAUGAUCACAGAUCUCUGUUUCAGAUCUUGCACCCAAAGAAGAAGUAAACUUUUUACUUGUACUAUCUGUUAACGAACAUUUUUGUCAAAGAAGGGAGUUUCAUAUUUUGUAGAGGUAUAUUAUUGAUUUAUUUUGGCUGAAAACUGUUUUGGGAUACUAAAACUUUAAAUUUUUCUAAUAUUCCUUUGUUUUGUGGUAGAGAGAUCAGACAUUGCUGUGCAUGCUUAUUUUGAGUAAAUUGAUCGCUGCAUGGCUGAACAUCUCAGAAUGAGAAUUUUAAAAGUUUGAAAGGCCAGUGGCACUAUCAUUCACAUUGUUCUCUUUAGAAAAAAAAA